AACAUUAAUGUGCUACUUCCCCCUAGGCAGGCAGAGAGGAGCUCGGAAUAGGACGCAAGAGGAGUGCAGAUAAAGGAACACACACAGGACAGCACGGCAGAGAGAGAGAGAGAGAGCGAGAGAGAGCGAGGACAUACAGUCCGGCUGUAGCCAGAACAGCAUCUUAGUGACUAACCACUGAAUCCCUGUAAUGCAGCAGAACUGAUAAUCCAACCAACCAGAGGCAUCAUGGCUGCUGGACUGAGGCCAGUGAUUUUGCUGCUGUUGCUGCUGUGUUGUUGUCAACCAACCACGACCAAAGAGGGAAAAUCCACUAAGAAGGGGAAAAAAGGAAAACAAGUUGUCUGUCCAUCCCAGUUGUCUCCAGAAGAUUUGGCCCAGGUUCCAGCUAACUCCACCUCCAACAUCCUGAACCGUCUGAUGGUCAGCUACGACCCCAGAAUAAGGCCGAACUUUCAAGGUAUCCCAGUUGAGUCCAGGGUGAACAUCUUCAUCAACAGCUUUGGGUCCAUCCAGGAGACCACUAUGGACUACAGAGUGAAUAUAUUUCUCCGUCAGAGGUGGAAUGACCCUCGUCUACGACUUCCUACUGACUUUAAGAGUGAUGCACUAACUGUUGACCCCAACAUGUUCCAGUGUUUGUGGAAACCAGACCUUUUCUUUGCCAAUGAAAAGAAUGCAAACUUCCAUGAUGUCACACAGGACAACAUUCUGCUCUUCAUAUUUAGGAACGGAGAUGUCUUGAUUAGUAUGAGGCUGUCUGUGACGCUGUCCUGUCCCUUGGAUCUCACACUCUUCCCAAUGGACACACAGCUGUGUAAGAUGCAGCUGGAGAGCUUUGGCUACACCACCAGUGAUCUGGUGUUCAUGUGGCAGUCUGACCCCGUUCAGAUGGAUGAGAUUGCUCUGCCUCAGUUCGACAUCAAACAGGAAGACAUUAAAUAUGGAAACUGCACAAAGUACUACCAAGGAACAGGAUACUACACCUGUGUUGAAGUGAUCUUCACACUGCGUCGCCAGGUUGGUUUCUAUAUGAUGGGAGUCUAUGCUCCAACUCUGCUGAUCGUGGUUUUGUCCUGGUUAUCGUUCUGGAUAAACCCUGAUGCUUCAGCUGCCAGGGUGCCACUGGGUAUUUUAUCAGUGCUCUCUCUGUCCAGUGAGAGUAUGUCCCUGGCAUCAGAGCUACCAAAGGUUUCCUACGUGAAGGCCAUCGAUAUCUGGCUCAUUGCCUGUCUGCUGUUUGGGUUUUCGUCCCUAGUGGAAUACGCUGUGGUGCAGGUGAUACUGAACAGCCCCAAACUGAUUGAGGAGGAGAAAACCAAAAUGGCCACCAAGGAGAAAGCUCUGCAAGAGAAAGAGGGAAAAAAGCCUUCAGAUAAAACUAACAACACAGUGAAUGGUACAGGUGGAACACCCAUACAUGUCAACACUCUGCAGCAGGUGGUGGAAACUCGCUGUAAGAAGGUUUGCACGUCAAAGUCGGACCUUCGAUCCAAUGACUUCAGCAUUGUGGGGUCUUUACCUCGAGACUUUGAACUGUCCAACUUUGACUGUUACGGUAAACCAGUGGAGGUGACUGGGGCCCACAAGUCCCAAAACAAAGCAAACAAGAAACCCCCACCACCCAAACCUGUCAUACCUGCUGCUGCCAAACGCAUUGACCUCUAUGCAAGAGCCCUCUUCCCUUUCUCCUUCCUCUUCUUCAAUGUGGUCUACUGGUCCGUCUAUCUGUAAGGGGGGGGGGGGGGGACCAAACUGAACUGACAGUUGACAUUACACAAAUUCAUGUGCUGCUCCACACUAAUAAAUUGAAAAUUUCAUGUGUGCCGAGCUGCAGACAGUCACUGCAGCUGCCCCCCCCCCUUAAUGCAUUAAGUAGACACUGCAUGUGUGUCUGUCUGAUACUUGACAUUGUGCUUAUUAUAAACGAAACCUUGAUGUGAUUACAAUACCCCUCUACUGUACAUUAGAAAUCAGUGCUGUUCACUGACAGUAAGAUUACUGCUAACACUUUAUGUUAAAGGUGUAGAGCUCCUAAACUUCCAGAACUAAUUGAAUGAGAAGUAAAUAUAAAAAUAUACCCAGAAUAGAUAAAUUAGUAACUUAAAAUAAUUACAAUCAUACUGUAUGAGUUCAUUUUGAAAGUUUAUUUCUGCCACCAGGAACAAAACUAAGAUUUACUGAGUUUCUAUGAGAUGAACUAGCUAAUAUCAAGAUAAUAUAAGAUCCUCCUGUUGUAAUUUUAUCCUCAUGUUGUAAUGUUAUCCUCAUGUUGUAAUGACCUGGUCUUAUUAUUAUGAAUGAGCUUUUCAUCAUAUAACAAUAUAAAGUCAUAUAGUAACAAAAAAGUUAAAAACUAAAAGAUUUGGUUUGUUGUAAAGAUGAGAAAACAAGACCAGGUCUAAACCUAGUAUAAUGUCUGGACCACCUAUUGUCAAAUCCUGAUUUUACAACCACAACGUUUGUUUGACAGAAACACCAAACACAUAAAUGAAAGACAAAGACUGAGCUGUGAUGAUGAAAUGAUCACUCAGAGAGAAAGUUAGAAGAGACAGACUAUCUUCCUUUUUUUAAAGUUCUUUUUUUAGGUAUUAUUUGAGUCAUAGUGUGUGUGUGAGAGAGAGAGCGAGAGAGAGAGAGAAGAUGAUAUGCAGGGCCACAGGUCAGACUCGAACUCAGGCUGCCAGAUUUAGACCUUAAAGCUUGAAUGGCUUGCACUUCACUAGGUGAACCACCGGAACCUGAGACAGACUGACAGACUUUUUUAUUUAGUCUCUGACACAGAGCACAGCCUCCGCCUGGAUCCACAAUAGUUUAACUCCCUCUGUUUGAUAUGUAGAGUUGGUCAUAGUCGUUAGUCCGAAGCCUCAUUACUGAUGACUUCUCUCUCUCCCUCCCUCUCUCCUGCUCUCUCUGCUCAGUGUGUCUUAUGUUUACUUAUUCCUCUGCCUUUAGUAAUAAUGAUACAUGUGAUGAAAGU